AUGUUAGAAGGCUGGUGGACGGUAACCAAUUUUGGUGAAAUCACAGGAACUGUAGCAAUAGAGAUGGGUUUUGGAACCUAUAUCAGUGCUCUUGAUAAUGGCCUCUUUACUCUUGGAGCUCCACAUAAAGAUGAAGGCCCUAGUCCUCCAGAACAAUUCACUGCAAUCAAGCUGUCAGAUCAAAGAAUUGCAUUGAAAUCAGGGUAUGGAAAAUACCUUGGCAUUAAUUCAGAUGGGCUUGUAAUUGGACGUUCCGAUGCAAUAGGUGCAAGGGAGCAGUGGGAGCCUGUGUUUCAAGAGGGAAAAAUGGCUCUGUUAGCAGCCAACAGCUGUUUUAUCAGUUGUAAUGAAGAAGGUGAUAUAGUAGCCAAAAGUAAAACAGCAGGCAAUGAUGAAAUGAUAAAGAUCAGAACAUGUACAGAAAGAGAAGCCAAACAAAAAGAUGACAUUUCUGAGGAAGAUAAAGGAAAUGUAAAGCAAUGUGAGAUCAACUAUGUGAAGAAGUUUCAGAGUUUUCAAGAUAACAAACUCAAAGUAAGCCAAGAAGAUAGCAAAAUUCUGAAAAAAGCUAGGAAAGAAGGCAUUUUCCAUGAAGCACUGCUGGACAGGAGAUCAAAACUGAAAGCUGAUAGAUAUUGCAAAUAAUCAGAACUGCGGUGCACUUUUUUUUCUUCCCUUAAUUAGCAGCUUUGUGUCUGUGUUUAUGUGUGUGAAUUUUUUAAAAUAAAACAGAUUUGUCAA